AUGCCGGGGGAGGCGGUCACGCUGCAGCUCGGGCACUACUCGGGCUGCGUGGGCGCGCACUGGUGGGGGCUGCAGGCCGCCGCGCUGCGCAGCGCCCCGGAGCCCGCCGAGCUCCACGCGGCCGCGCUGCUCCGGUUCGGGCGGGGCCCGGGCGGCCCCGAGACCCCCACGCCGCGUCUGGUGGCGCUGGAGCUGAAAGGCGGCGUGGGCUCGCUCAGACCCGACGGGGCGGGCACGGAGCCUCCGGUGAGCUGGGACGGGGCCGUGGCCGAUUACCGGGACCGCCCGGGCGGGGGCUGCGCGCCGCGGGACACCGGGAGCUGCAGGGGAGACGCUGCCGGGGACGGGAAGGGGAAUCCCGGUGCUGCCGGGCCAGGUGUCCCUCCCUCUGUGCGGCUCUGGUCCGAUUUCCUCAACGUGCACCUGCACCCCAAGAGUCUCUACGUGAUCCGGCAGUACCUGCACGAUGGGGAUUGUGGUUGUCUCGAAGCCUUUGGGCAAGGUGAAAGUCUCCUGCAGGACCCUGCCUGUGUCGAGGAGGUGGAAGAUCGGUUGCACUUCUAUGUUGAGGAGUGUGAUUCCCUUCAGGGGUUUCAGGUCCUCUGUGACCUUCACAAUGGAUUCUCUGGAGUUGGUGCCAAGGUGACAGAGCUGCUCCACGAUGAGUAUUCACGGAAAGGGAUCCUGACCUGGGGCCUGACUCCAGUCCUGGGUGCUGUGGGAGACCCUCAGAACAGUUUUUACAGACUGAUGAACACGGCCCUGGGCAUUGCCCACCUCUCUCGUCACAGCUCUCUCUUCUGCCCCCUGUCACUCAGUGGGAGUUUGGGACUCAAGCCACAGCCUCCUGUGACAUUUCCCUACAUUAAAUACGAUGCCUCCCUGAACUACCACAGCAGUGCGAUUUUGGCAGCAGCACUGGACACCCUGACGGCUCCCUACAGGCUCUGCUCCUCGCAGGGCUCCAUGCUGCACUUUGCUGACUCCCUCACGUUCUCUGGGAGGAAGGUUGUGGCUGCGUGGGCAGCUCUGCCCUUCCCUGCCUUACCCGGCUCCUCACUCCCGGAUAUUUUAAGUGCCCACCAGCAGGGCCUGCCCUGGAAGCUUCUGUCCUCAUGCAGGGAGCAAAAGCUCAGCUGCUGCUUUGCUCAGUCUGUUGUGCUACGAGGAAUUUGCCAAGAGAAAUCCAGCAGCAGCUGCCCGGGCCUGCCCCCGUCCCCCCUGCACAGCUGUGAGAGCCCUGAGCAGCUGCUCCAGCAGUUCCUGCACACCCAGUUCCCAGGAGCCUUCAGCACAUCCCUCGUGCUCCAGCAGCCCUGUGACACCCGGCCUCCCUUCCCCCAGUUCUUCUCUCCUCUCCUCACCAGACGAGGUUUCCUCCUGGACAAAGCUCAGGGAUUUUCCUCAGCAGGCGUUGAGAGCGUUCCUGUGCUGGCAGCCCUGCAGAGCUCCCCCGUGCUGCACUGGCUGCUCUCGGGGCUGUGCCGGGAGCUGCAGGAGCCCAGAGUGAGGCGCUGGAGCAGCUUCGGCACGGCCGGGCUGGAGCAGGACGACUUCCAGGAGGCCCUGGAGGAGCUGAGGACUCUGUCCCAGUGCUACCAGACAGGGCUGGCAGCAGAUGGGGCCGAGGAUGAAGCAGAGUCAGACUAACCCACCUUUAUUAGUGGGGGAAGUGAGGGUGGCUUGAAGAUCACUCCCAAAAUAAAGGGAAUGGUUUUGGAGAUGGCCCAGCUGCUGCUUUCUUCUCAUUUCACCAAAAAUCUUCUGGUCCAAGUUCUCCAGAUACUUAGAGUUGUGUUGCAAAGGAGGAAAGCUGCUUUUUUGGGGGCUGAUUUUAUAUAUUUUGGCUGGGUUGUUUUUUUUUUAACUGUGCCAAGUGGAUUUGCUCUGCCCAUUCAAAUAAACCCACACAAUAAAUAGAGAAUUCAGACUGUAA